GGAAGCUCUCGACACUGGCUGACGUCACGCACGCGGGCUGGACGUCACCAUGUACUUCACGUGCCUUAGAUUUCAAGUUAACGGCUUAUUGACUUCUUUACUUCCAUGUUUCUAGUAGUUGGACACAUGGCUGACGUCACACAUCCGGAGGAUGCAUCAGACCUUCAGGAUCAAAUCGAGGAGGUGGAGGCUCUGUCCUCCAUCUACGGAGACGAGUGGUGCGUCAUCGACGAGGCCUCCAGGAUAUUCUGCAUCAGAAUAUCUGACGACCUGGAGGAGCCAAAGCUGACCGUGUGUUUGCAGAUAAUUCUCCCACCUGAUUACCCGAGUGCCGCUCCGCCCAUCUACCAGAUCAACGCGGCGUGGCUGCGAGGCCUCGAGAGGACGGAGCUGGCGAGCGGCCUGGAGGACCUCUACGCGGGCCACGCGGGGGAGAGCAUCCUCCACCUGUGGGUGGAGAGGGUUCGAGAGUUCCUCGUGGACAAAUCCCGGCGCUCCGAGACGGAGGAAGCUUCAGAGGAACCUCUGCAAGGGAACGUCACGGCUGAAGAGGAAGAUGAUGAAGACGUACCAGACCUCAGGACUCUGAAGCUCAACACAGAACCUUCACAUCUCUUCGUGGAUCAUUCAAACGAUGUAGAGAUUCCUCCUAUCAAACAUGGAACCACCAUCACAGACCGACGCAGCACCUUCCAGCCUCAUUUAGCCCCCGUGGUGACUCCCAAACAGGUCAAACUGUUCCUGGGGAAGCUAUACGAGAACAAGAAGAUCUCAGGGGCCACGCACAACAUUUAUGCUUACAGGAUUUACUGUGAGGAGAAGAACCGGUUCCUGCAGGACUGUGAGGACGACGGGGAGACAGCAGCUGGGGGGCGGCUUCUCCACCUGCUGCAGAUCCUGGACGUGCGGAACGUGGCGGUGGUCGUGUCCCGGUGGUACGGAGGCAUCUUGUUGGGUCCGGACCGCUUCAAGCACAUCAACAACUGUGCCAGGAACCUCCUGGUGGAGGAGGGGUACGCCGUGAGCCCCUCGGUGAGAGACCCCCAGGAUGAAGCCGCCAAAAAGACCAAGAGGCCAAAAAGCAAGAAGUAAAAAAAACACAUCCUUGGUUUUGACAGGAGGUUUUUGGAGUGGAUUCAGACGAGACUCAAUGCAGACAGCGGGGGAUUUAUCGCAUCUUUUAAUGAACGUGCUUUGGGUUUUACUCAUCCUGAUUAAAAGGCCGCUACACGUGACCCGGGGCUUUGAUCCAGGUCCAAAAGGCCUAAAAAAAAAAGACUCAAAUACACAUCUUUCAGUUUGUAAAUGUUUGAUUUACCUCUUUUCCGUUGGUUGGAAUUAUUUUCACGCGAUGAUCUGCUGAACCGAACCCUCACAGACGUUUGACACGUAUCUUCAUUUCUGCAAUUUCAAAUUGUGUUGAAGAAUCCCAAUGUCUUUUUAUUGAGAAAUAUGUCUCCAUUAAAAUGUCCAACAGUGA